UUGUCACCGGUGUAAUUAGCCAUGGGCAAGUCUAAAAAAAAGAAAAAAACAACUGAAGAAGAAGGCGUAUCGCCGGGAUUACAGGUGGGGACCUGGAGGAAUAUGCCCCCAUGGAUGGGAGGGUCUUGCCCAGAUGUCAUGUGGGGACCUGGAGGAAAUAUUCCCCCGUGGAUGGGAGGCCGUUGCCCAGAUGACAUGUGGGGACCUGUAGGAGAUAUGAGCCCAUGGACGAGAGAUCCUUGUCCUGAUGACACGUGGCAACCCAGAAAGAGAAAACGCAGAAAAUACACGCAGCCAAAUAUAACAGACCCCUGUCCUAUUAUGGGUGAUCCUAGCGAGACCAUGUCUUCAGGACCUAAUGCACCUGACCAAAGGCAGUGUAGGACUUUUGGAGGGCCAAGAAAGUCAUCUUCUGGGAAAAAGCAGCCGAUGGACCAGUAUGGGACUAACAGUUGGGAGAAUGGUCCAUUGCCACCUGGUAAUUGUAGCUCAGAUCAGACCGCUUCAGGAAACGCUACAGGAAAUGCUUCGGAUAUUCAGAGGUAUUACACAGAAGAGGGUGCUGCAAGAAUUCUAUCAAACUUUGGCUUAUCUACUAAAGAUUUGGAGGAAUUUGGCCACUAUUCAGAUGAGCAGCUGAAGCCUGAAAACAUGGCUAUGAUUUUGAGGGAUAUUGUGGAGCGCAAGAAGGCUCGUCAGUUGCCCACUUCAUCUCAGGGCAAAGAAGAGGAAACCUCUGGCGGACAUGGUGGAUCUGAUUCCCUGAUGAAAACAGGACCUCUGGUACCUUCAGCAGCUCAACCCGCAACAACACCUGCGGCUUCGGUUUUGCCUCAGUCUUCAGUAUCUCCAUCUCUGUCAAUGAUGAAUGAUUAUCAUGCUGUGUCGCCAACUGUACUUCCACACCUGUGUACUCUGUGUCAAAUAGAAUGUGCAAAUAUGACGGAGUGGAAUCUGCACGUGGGCACUACUGCACACUCUGAGAAAUGUGAUCAGCUACGCCAACAACAUGAAGGUGACAAGAAGGAAAAACAUAUUCCAAUGCCAUGCUCUACCACUUCUAACCCGAACGCUUCACAACACUCAGUCCCUGGCCAUGCCUUGAGUCAGACUCGGUCACGAUCUAAGAAACGCAAACGUAAGUCCAGGGCUUCAAAGCGACCGUGCUCCCCCAGCUUGAGUUCUGAAAUGUCUUCUAGCCAGAAGGGAAAACUGGGAACAUCAACUACAUCUCCAGCAUCAUCUGCAGAACCACCCAACAAGUCUGAUGCCCAGAAGCUGAAGGGAUUGCCAACUCUGUCAAUGAUGCGUGAUUACUAUGCUGCAUCUCCAAGAAUAUUUCCACAUGUGUGUUCUCUCUGUAAUAUAAAAUGUAGACAUUUGAAGGAGUGGAAGCUGCACGUGGGCACUACUGCACACUCCGAGAAAUGUGAUCAGCUACGCCAGCAGUAUCCUGACUGGAAUGCAGAAGACUGCUCUUUGUUACAGAGACAUGAAGGUGACAAGAAGGAAAAACAUAUUCAACUGCCAUGCUCUACCAAUUCUAAACCGAACGGUGCACAACCACCCAACAUAUUAGAGCAUCCACUGCAGACAAAUCCCGGCCAUCAGGAGCUGGCAAAGAAGGAAGCAGCAACACAGGAAGAAGGAGACUGGCAAUCCCCAGCCAAAUCUGAUGUGGCAGAGCAACCACCCAACAAGUCAGAGCAUCCACUGCAGACAAAUCCUGGUCAUCAGGAGCUGCCCAAGAAGGAGGCAGCAACGCAGGAACAAGGAGACUGGCAACCCCCAGCCAAAUCUGAUGUGGCAGAACAACCACCCAACACGUCAGAAAAUCCACUGCAGACCAAUCCUGGCCAUCAGGAGCUGGACACGAUGGAGGCAGCAACGCAGGAACAAGGAGACUGGCAACCCCCAGCCAAAUCUGAUGUGGCAGAACAACCACCCAACACGUCAGAAAAUCCACUGCAGACCAAUCCUGGCCAUCAGGAGCUGGACACGAUGGAGGCAGCAACGCAGGAACAAGGAGACUGGCAACCCCCAGCCAAAUCUGAUGUGGCAGAACAACCACCCAACACGUCAGAAAAUCCACUGCAGACCAAUCCUGGCCAUCAGGAGCUGGACACGAUGGAGGCAGCAACGCAGGAACAAGGAGACCGGCAACUUCCAGCCAAAUCUGAUGUGGCAGAACAACCACCCAACACGUCAAAAAAUCCACUGCAGACCAAUCCUGGCCAUCAGGAGCUGGCCACGAUGGAGGCAGCAACGCAGGAACAAGGAGACCGAGAACUUCCAGCCAAAUCUGAUGUGGCAGAACAACCACCCAACACAUCAGAAAAUUCACUGCAGACCAAUCCUGGCCAUCAGGAGCUGGCCACGAUGGAGGCAGCAACGCAGGAACAAGGAGCCCAGCAACUUCCAGCCAAAUCUGAUGUGGCAGAACAACCACCCAACACAUCAGAAAAUUCACUGCAGACCAAUCCUGGCCAUCAGGAGCUGGCCACGAUGGAGGCAGCAACGCAGGAACAAGGAGCCCAGCAACUUCCAGCCAAAUCUGAUGUGGCAGAACAACCACCCAACAUGUCAGAGCUUCCACUGCAGACAAAUCCUGGCCAUCAGGUGCUGCCCAAGAAGGAGGCAGCAACGCAGGAACAAGGAGACUGGCCACCUCCAGCCAAAUCUGAUGUGGCAGAACAACCACCCAAAAAGUCAGAGCAUCCACUGCAGACAAAUCCUGGCCAUCAGGAGCUGCCCAAGGAGGAGGCAGCAACGCAGGAACAAAGUGACCGGCAGCGUGAAGAUCUGUUGCGCUUGGCGUUGAGGCCUCUUGCAGAACAAAGUGUCACGCAGGUCCUGUCGCUGCUGCAGUCUGGAGGCGCAGUGGGUGCUGGACUUGCCCAAGGAACGAGCUUGUCACCACUUCCUCCUGUGCAGAUCGAUCCAACAUCCUUAUCCAUUGUCUCCCUGAUGCAGCUGGUUGCAACACAGGUGGUGCAAGCUGCCUUAGCCUCCCAAGAGGUCUCAUGUGUGCAGGGAAGCCCAGGUGUGGCUGGCCCCAGCCCCCGGUUAUGUAUUCCUGCAGGAAGCGAAGAAAAGAAGCAGGAGAGCAGUCAGAGGGUGGUGCCAGGAGUCACUCCUUCUUGCUCAGCAUGCAUGGAAAGACGGGAGGCCUCAGGUAGUAAAGGGGACUUAACUCCCUCAACCUUGUCCACUGUACCAUGGCUUCAGAAGAAAGAUGCAAGACCUCCAAAGCAGAAUCUUCCAGCGGAGAUACCUGCAGGUUGCCCCGUGAUUAACAUAUGGAUCGUGGGUCACUGUAUCGCCCACUGGGCCCGUGUUCGUGCCAUCAAUACCGGCUUGGGUAGCUGCUUGGGGCUUCCUGAAAAUGUCAGUGUCUCCUGGGUCACAAGAUGUGACAUGAAAUGGGAGGAGUUUAUGCCAACCGUGACGGCCAGAGCUGCCUUGCACGGCCCCCCCAAAGCUCUGAUUGUUCAACUUGGAGAGAACGACCUGGGUGUAAGGAUCGGCAUUGACCUAAUUUGGAACAUCCAAGAGGACUUUGAUAAGCUGGCUGUUUUGUUCCCAGACCUGACCUUAAUCUGGUCCGAACUGCUCAUGAGGCGGCAUUGGCGAGAUUGCUCCCAGCCGCAGGCAAUCAACAAGGCCAGGAGACAUAUUAAUUGUAAGGUGGCAAAGAAGGUGCAACUCUUGAAUGGACGGGUGAUACGACACCCCAACAUUAUUUUUAGCCAGGAGGCCUUGUUUCAUAAUGAUGGCGUUCACCUUUCCGAUUUGGGCAAUGAUGUUUGGCUGGUUGAUAUCGUCAAGGGCAUUAGGGAUUGGUUGCAGGUGUGAGGGUCUUGGCAGCUAGCCUUUGGGACUCGAGUGGCAAUUAGGCAUUGGGUAAGCCUUGUUUAUGGGAGGGGAGGUUGUAGCCUCCGCCUGCCCCUCCUCGUUUAGGGUAUCCCGUUAAAGGGAUCCGGGUGUGGUUCCUGUCCAAAGCCUGGGCAUGGGCGAGGGCCAUGCCACGACCCCAUCGGGGACCCUGGGGGUGCCACGAUUUGAUGUAUAUCAUAGGGCUCCCCCUACCGGUGGUUUAUUCUUAGGAGGCUCCCUGCAGACGGGCAGGAGUCAGGAUAUAGUCUAGUUUCACCCAAUGCCUAAGCCAAACCCCUCACCCGUGUAACCAAUAAAGUUGUGCCCCAUUUUCCCCCAUUAACGUAAAUAUUUGUGUCCGUGUCUAUUAUCAAAGGGGGCUGUGGGGCCCAGGGCCUCGGCACGCAAUGAGACUAGGCUUGAUUUCUGUUUGAAUCCAAGAUCAUGGUGGGCAGUAGCCCCCAGGCUGUGGGGUCAUCCUGCUGUUCCUCUUGCCCGUGGGGAAGGCCACUUCAUCCUCCUGCUUCCACCACCACCUGGCGGAUGAGCAGUGACAGCCGAGGUCCCUUCCCACUCGACACUUUCCUGGGAGUGUUACGGGACUCGCUAUUCCUUUUUUUAAAAAAACUUUUUAUUAUGAUUGAUUAUAUUUACUUGCAUAUGUACAACACAAACUUAAAUUCAUUGUUAUCAAUAAACCAAAUCAAAGUCAGA